AUGUAUUUUUGCAGUGAAUCAUCAAAAUAUUGCCAUAAUAAUGCAACCAAAACUGUCGUAAAUAAUUAUGAUUAUGGAUUAACGGCAUCAUCAUCAGCACAAGCUACAACAUCAUUCACAUCCGGUACACCAUUAUCCGGAAUUACUCGUAGCCGAAAAGUUGAUCGACCAUUAACGCAGCAGGCAUCAGCAAUUAUCAAUAUCGAUGGAUUGCAAGGAUGCACUGAUCGUGUACCUAUGCCAACACGAUCGCUAACUUCUCGGUCUCAUAUGAAUAAUACUACAGCUUUACGAAGAUCUGAUGCGGUACCAGUGAUAAGAACACGAUUAGACCGAUCGAUUAAUGCCGGGCCUGCAUUAAAUACUUCUGAAUCGUUACACAAAAUGGUAAGUUAUUAA